CAGCUGUAGCUCUGAUUUGACCCCUAGCCUGGGAACCUCCAUAUGCCUCGGCUGCCGCCCUAAAAAGCAAAACAACAACAAGCAAAGUGAAACUCAAACUCAGGUCCUAAAAGGGAUGAGCACUUUAGUUCCUGAAUUCCUUUUAAUUGACUUAGAGGAAAGAGGAUGCUGGAGGGGCCUGUUUCUCUCCCACUAACCCUCAAUCCUGCCAGGGGAACAACACUUUGAAAUUUCCUUGACUUGGGAAAUUGCAAGACUGUGUUGUUAGGGCAACAGGUUUGACCAGGGGCCAAUAACUGAAAUUCGUGUUAAAGUCCUGACUUCUGCAGUAAUGACUUGAGACUUGGAAGGAGGGAGGGUUCUCGUGGGCCAGUCCUCUUGGGGAAAGGCACCGGUGGAUGCACACAGCAACAACUACUGGCUAGGGGUCAGCAGACCCGGCUUGAACUUUCUGCAUUGCCAGCCACUCUAUAGCCAGUUAAUCGGAGACUAUGAACACCAAGAGGUAUAACUACAAAACAUGUCUAUCUUUUUUUUUUUUUUUGGGGGGCCACGUCCGAAGCAUGUGUAAGAUCCCAGGCCAGGGAUCGAACCCGCGCCACAGCAGCGACCCAAGCCGCUGCAGGGACAACGCCGGGUCCUUUAACCCGCUGUGUCACAAGGGAACUCUGAAUCUCAGGACUUUGGCGGUCCGAGAUCGUUAGGGGGCAGAGAAAGCAAAAGACUGGUCUUAAACCUAGGAUGGAGCAAUGGGGCUCCCUAGUAGGUGAAGGACACCCGCGUGGGACUUUCCCCCCAUCCUGGGGCCCCUUUCUUCCUCCAAGCUUUACACAGCAGCUCCAUGCCUGGACUAAUACUCCCCCGACGUGAACUCGGCAGCAAUGAUCGAGCCCGAACCCGAGACACCAUUAAAAGCCCGGGCAAAAUCGUCGGUUACAGCCCCAAGGCGGGGCAGAGAGGGAACAGCCAGUCAGAGGGCAGGAGAAAGGCUGGCGCUCAGAAACAUAGCCAAUCAAAGAGCGAAGGUGCUAGCUCCCGGAUUUGACGGCAGGAGGGAGGAGACGCGGAAGCAACGCGAGCUCGCCCGCCAAUCAGAGCUGAGGGUGACUUCUCGCGCUGUUUCUACGUAACAAGACGGGAGGGAGCUCAGACCUAUUGCUGCCAGCGUUCCUCAGCGAAUCGGAACCUUCGUUCCCUGCCAACGCGGGAAUUGAUUGGUCACUUUUCAGAACUUGCCUGUCAAUUUUAGACGCUCCUGCUCUCCUUGCUCGGAUAGGAGGGCCUUAAAGGGCCAGAUACAUGGUAAAUGACGAGGGAAGACGCAGAUCGCAGAAACUGGGGGACCAGUAACAAGACAAAACCAGAAUCAAUGUCAUUACGCUGGAAUUGAGUUUUACGUUGCGAAGAAACGGAGAUUCAGCUUGCCUGGGUCACGAACUAACCCCUCCCCGCUCUGUUUGCCCUGGAGAAGUCGAGGCGAAGGUGCUGGAAAAGACGCGAAAGACCCCCGUGACCAUGGAUCAGCAAAAGGAAGGGGCUGGGCCCAAGGGGAACAACCCGUCCCUGUCUUCUCCGGGGACUGAGUCCGGGCUUCCUGCACCUUACCCAGCCCUGUUCCCUUCUCUCCUGGGCAGCCCAGAUCCAGCUCACCUGGGGCUCCCCGAGAGCCUGGCCUCUGUCACCGUCCCCAUCCGCCUGGACGCCCUCUCCUACCUCCUGCAUAGCGCCUUGAUGGGGGCCUACAGCUUUCAGCAGUCCUUGCCCUCCUGCCCCUGCACCCCGCAGGCCUCCUGCUCCCAGCCGGGCACUGUCAAGAGGCCAUCGAGGGGACGCGGGGGCUGGGACAUCCGACGCAGGCCAGGCCGGGACCAGGGCCAGCAGCGGUGGGGACUUGGGAGGUCAGAGCAGGCAGAGAGGGGGGCCAGGGGCUCUGGGGCUGGCCCCAGGACCCCGCCUGUGACGCCCCCAUCACCAAUGCCAGAUGCCCAGGAUGGGAAGAAGGAAGCCAGAAGUCCCCAGCCGCCCCCAGAGAUGCCACCUGCUGAGGACUGGGAGGCAGAGUACUAAGUCCCUGUGGGACUCUGGGGUUUUCCUGGAGGAGACGUGACCUCAGCCCUGCCAGAGACACGCAAGAAACAUCCAUUCCCCCGUCCGUCUCCCUCCAGAAACCACAGCAUCAGGAGUGGGUUCAGCAGUGCAGGUCACCUGAUGAAACCCAGACCUAACCUAGGAUCCCAAGCCAGGGAAAAACCCCCGAAUAGCAUCCCUGUGACCAAACCCAAGCCUCUUCCCAUUCCUGACACCACCCGCAACCACAGUGACACCCCUCACCGAAGCACUCUCAAGGCCCAGGGCUCCUGCAGCCCAUCCGCAGCCCCAUGCCUAACCCCAAAGCCAUUGUCACCUGCCUCUGCCAGCCCUAGCCCCCAGCCGCACUGAACACCUGAAUCCCAUGGGUAUGGCCCUCUCCCUCCCCACCCGCCCUCCCUCCCAACUCCUUCAUCCUCAUUUUCCACCUGCCUCUAGAAAGUCCCCUACAUGUCCCCAGUCCUCAUCUUUCAUGUCCCUAAACUCCAGCCCCAGACCCAGCCCCAUCUUCAGCCCCGGCCAGCCCCACCUGGUCCUACCUCCUUCCUGUCCCAACUGUGACAGGCCCUGUGACCCCCACCUGUAAAGAAUCCCAUUGGCCCAACCUAUCCAGACACCUGUGGGUUCCCACCCCAUUUCCGGUCCUUGGGGUGGGGCGGGGUUGAACAAUAAAUGUCCCAGUGUCCCUAUGUCAUGUGUCUGUGUGCUUCCACAGCUCGGGCUGAUCCCAUGGGUGCCGAGAGCGAGGGCUGCGAAAAGGUGGGAGGGUGGCUGGGAGGGUCACGGAGAGAGGCCAGUGGGGCCGGGGCUGCAGGGUGGGAGCGCCUGGAUUCCUGCUUCAGCGAAUUCCAUUUGGGGCCUCUGCCACCGCUGCACUUCUGCCUGCUAGAAGCUGCUGGGCCGUGGGGCCAUUGUGUGGGGAGGCUUAAGGGAUUUGGGGGACUCGGGGAGCAGAGAGGCCAGAGACCUGGCUGCACUCAGUCUGCACCGAGGGGCCGACACAGACGGAGGGUCCAGGGCCAGCUCUGCCACUCAGGUAGGGACCAGGCGUGGGACCCAGGGCCCCCUCCUCCCCCAAAGUCCGGGUGUCCAACCCUCCAGCUCCUUUCUGUCCAAAGGGACUUGGUGGGCUCCUGGCCCUAGCCCCCUCCUCACCUAGGACCUGGGAGUCUGGGCCCCCAACCUUCUCCUCCCCACAAAGAUCCAGUGACCCGGCACCCAGCCCCUUCCUGGCUUAGGACCUGGAAGUCUAGGCAGCCAGCCUGUUUCUCUCCAGGACCCAAGGAUCUAGG